AUGAAAGAACCAAAGUAUUUUAGCAUCUACGAGGACUUCUUCAAAGAUGCCAAGACCUUUCUGAAUACAGCCGUUGAGACGAAGAACAGCAUUUUCGACGUGAGUAGCAGUGGGGGGUCCAGCUCAGGGGGGAAGAGCGAUGGCGGGUUGGAGGGCCGGGGGAAGGAGAGACACAUCAACUUUUACCUGAACGACCAAAGUAAUAGGGCGGUUUGGCACAAGGACAGCAGCAAUGAGGGUAGAACGACGGGAAAAAGCUCAAAUAGGAGUGUGCUAAAUGGGAGGGGCCUAAAGAGGAGCGGUCCAAAUCGAAGUCGCCCAAAGAGAGGCCAUCACAACGGCGAAGCGGACGCGUACAAAAACAACCAGUGCUUCUCCAACAUGAACCAUGGUGCGUCGAAAAUCCUCAUGUGCUACCAGAACACGCAUACCAUGUGUCUGUCCUACAAGCCAUACAACGAAAAUGUGUGUCAUGACUCAGCGAACAUGAAUUAUUCGAUUUCUAUUUUUAAGAAGAGGGUACCGAAUUUUGAUAUGGAGGAAAAGAAGUAUGCCUUUGAUGGAACAGAGGAGGAUAACCGAGUUGUGCGUUUUUUGAAGAAAUGGGCAUUUUGGCGUUACAGAGAAAAGGGAAGGAAAUUCCUAUUGAUAAACGAGGAAAGGAGGCAGUUGAGGGAGGGCGAAAACAUAGGAAGAAGCUCUCACAUGGAGGAUGGAACGAGGACAGGAAAGGAUGUACGCAGGGGGAUGGAAAAAGAUUCAAACAAAUAUAGUAACAAGUCCAUAAUGACGGAAGCCAGUAGAAAUUUCAGCACGAACAAAGGUAAAGGCAAAAGUGCGAAGAAUGCUGAAGAGGAAGCAAAAAAAAAAAGUGUGAUUUUCAAUGAAAUGAGGAGAAAAAAAAAGGAAAGGAAGAAGGGCAUAUCAUAUGAACAUUUGCUAACUCCAAGUAGACAUGUGUAUGAUGCAUUUUGUUUGUUUAAUCCUCGUUUUAAGCAAGGAAAACAUCACACAGUAAUGUGUUUGCAAGGGUAUAAUGUGUCUGUGAUUCCUUUUGUGAAGGCAAAAAAACUAAAGGAAGAGGUGAAUGAAUUGUUUAAUGAAAUAAAUCCAUGGAUCCACAAAUCGCUAACAUUAUCUAAAUUGCGAAAUUUAAAAAUUGAUCUUUUCAAUUUAAUUUCUAAUAUCCCCCAAAUAGAUAUUUCGACCAUCUGUUGUGCUUGGGUCUUCUUUGAAAGGCUCGUUAUUAAGGGAUACGUCCAUAAAUCCAAUAGGAAGCUCUACGCAGCUACGUGUCUCAUUUUGUCGCUCAAAUUUUACCAGCAUGAUGACAUGCAAAUUUUGGAGAAGCUGCUUUUUUAUAUUCAAAAGUUAGACAAGAAGGAGAACUUAACGCCCUCGCUCAUUUUUUCCGUGGAGUUUUUGGUUUACCGGCUCUUGGACUUUUCGCUGCAGCACACGUACGAGCAUAUUCGCCCCCACAUAUAUCAGUACCUGGAGUCCAAAGAGCUCAAGUUCGAGGACGUCUAUGGUAUUUCGGAAGAGGUCUACCUGUGCUCGAAUUACCCCAGCGAGGUUUGA